GAUGAUGCUGGACAUCUCCGAGGGCGCACGCACUUUUACCCUUUACGCACAAUCACUCACCGACCGCUGUUUGCGCUUAAAGGCACCAAAAUACAGGAUAUCCGCGCUGAUGCUUUGCGGUUUGGGGAGUUUGUUUUGUGAGAAGUAGGAGCAGGACUGCGCUCGGAGUUUUACUUUUUUUGUGAAUGGAGAUGGGCCGUGCGUAAAGAUCUAUUCCUGGCAUUUAACAGAAGAGCUGUCAGUGUCCCACCUGUUGCCAGGUGGUGUUGGCUUCACCCGCGGACAUCUACUAUGACAUUAGGUUUGGAAAUCAUGGAGGAUAUUGUUAUCGAUGUGGUGGGGGAAGGACUCAAAGACAGCGGAGAGGAGCAGCUCUUACCUUUGGAUGAGUCGCGGAGCACAGAGACUUCCAGCAGCCAGAGCAAACAGCGGGACACUUACAGCCCCGUACCGGCGUGUCCUCCGCCUGCUAAAACCAAAGGUCCCGCGUCAGUGAAGCCUCCAUACUCCUACAUCGCUCUGAUAACGAUGGCCAUACUGCAGAGUCCCAAAAAACGCCUCACUCUCAGCGAGAUAUGUGACUUUAUCAGUCACCGCUUCGUUUACUACCGGGAGAAGUUCCCCGCCUGGCAGAACUCUAUCAGACACAAUCUGUCGCUUAAUGACUGUUUUGUAAAGAUGCCCAGAGAACCCGGAAACCCCGGGAAGGGCAACUACUGGACGCUGGACCCCAACUCCUCCGACAUGUUUGAGAACGGGAGUUUCUUGCGGAGGAGGAAGCGCUUCAAGCGGCAGCAUUUUCGCUUCGACCCGCUGAAGGAGCAGCACCUGGAGCCCAGCGGGCUGCACGGCUUCCCGCACUCCGCCUACGGGCUCGGCACGGCGGCUCUGCAGCUGCCCAGCCUGGAGAUUUACCCCUACCUCCAUCACCACGCGCCCUCGCCAUGCGGCCCCGCCACCAUCCCACCUGUCAGCAGCAUCCUGCCGGCUCUGUCCAGCUUCUUCUCCCGCAGCGCCCUCACAGCCAAGGCUUUCCUUCAGUCGCAGCCGGGCAUGGACGGCUUCUCCCCUGCCCAGUGCACCGCGUACUCCUCUCCCCUGACCUCCAGCGCUGCCUACGCCUCCCCUGCGCUCUUCCACCCGGCGGCGUCUCCGCACUUCCUCAGUUUACACCAGGAGUACCAGAAACUACAGACUCAGCGUGGCACCGCGGCUCUCGCCAAACGCAUCCACACCAAUAAUGAAUAAUCCCACUAAAAUCGGACUUUUGAACUCGUGUUUUCUCAGGUAACAGAGGCAUUUUAAGCAGAAGCUCUCCGCAGUGAAAAGUGGAUCUGCUUUUUAAGAAUGUUGUAGAUACAAAACUCUCCCUCCUUCCCUCUUUCAUGGCAAAAAAUACUUCAACAGGCCCCUUUUUUUAUUUGAUCAUGAAUUAUCAUCUUUUGUUUUAAUAUUUAAAUGACGAGUUUCCUAUACCAUUUUCUGGAAAGAAAUAAAAUUGAAUAUUUAAA